UAAACUCAGCCACCUUCACCUAUUCCGAACACAAACUCUCUACGGUGAUGUCCACCUUCACGCAGAACGAUAUUGAAAUCGCGACGCGAGCGGCGGACCAUUUCACACGUCUCUACUACUCAACGUACGACUCGGCCACUCGUGUAGAUAACCUCCCCAACUUCUAUCGGCCAUCGUCCGCUAUGACAUGGAAUGGAAAACCAUUUCAAGGAUCCGACGGCGUCCGAAAGCUCAUCAGCGCGAUGCCCGUUACCAAGCACGAGGUGCAAUGUUUCGAUUGCCAUCCCAUACCAGGAAGUCAGCCACCCAAUCUCCUGAUCACCGUAUCAGGCACCGUUACGCAUGGUCAUAGGCCAACAGGAAACUCUGCUUCCACAUCUAGCAAGUCCGUGGACAGCCAGCCCCGCGUAUUUUCACAGACGUUCAUGCUCGUCCCCGAUCCUACCGCACCGCCAUCGAAGACAGGAGAGGUAGCGAAGUAUUAUGUCAAUGCCGACGCGAUGAGGUUCGUAGGCUAGACGGAGGCGAUCACGGAGAAGCGGGUGUAGCGCGGGCAAUUCUCUUUCCGGAGUGCGAUGCCAAAUCCCAGUCGACUAUCGUGUAGCCUUGAAGUCCCCCAUUCCGGCAUUCCUUCGAGCCCGCGGCUCUUCACCACCGCGGUGUCCCGCUCUAUUAGCAGCAGUACGAUUCCUUGUUUUGGCUCGGACUUCGGGACGGACUCCAAUAUUAAUGCGCCAUGUAGCGUCGUCUGAUUACCACAGUGGUAUUCGCGAAGUGUUUCAAUGCGCUACUAGUCAAAAUGUAUAUCUUGUGUCCAGUGACGUUGCGCAUUAAUAUAACAGAUUAUGUAUGAA